CACAACAUGAUUGGAAGUGGUACCGGUGCCGUGACGAAGCAACGCAUCAGUUUUGCUAUAAAAGCGAAGCCCCGGACGCCAACUUUUCUUAUCAAAGCAUAAUAGAUAAUCGUAUUGUUGCAGAGAAAGAAACCCUAUCAAGAUGCAAAUCUUCGUUAAGACCCUCACCGGUAAAACCAUCACUCUCGAAGUAGAGAGUUCAGAUACCAUAGACAAUGUUAAGGCCAAAAUUCAAGACAAGGAAGGCAUCCCACCCGACCAGCAACGUCUCAUCUUUGCUGGCAAGCAGCUUGAGGAUGGCCGUACCCUCGCCGAUUACAACAUCCAAAAGGAGUCCACGCUCCACUUGGUGCUCCGUCUCCGUGGUGGAAUGCAAAUAUUUGUGAAGACCCUAACCGGAAAGACAAUCACCCUUGAGGUGGAGAGCUCUGACACCAUUGACAACGUCAAGGCUAAGAUUCAGGACAAAGAAGGCAUCCCACCAGACCAGCAAAGGCUCAUUUUUGCUGGGAAACAGCUCGAGGAUGGCCGAACUUUGGCAGACUAUAACAUUCAAAAGGAGUCCACUCUACACUUGGUUCUCCGUCUCCGUGGUGGCAUGCAGAUUUUUGUUAAGACCCUCACCGGAAAGACCAUCACCCUUGAGGUUGAGAGCUCUGACACUAUAGACAAUGUAAAGGCUAAGAUCCAGGACAAGGAGGGUAUUCCCCCAGACCAACAAAGGUUGAUUUUUGCUGGAAAACAGCUCGAAGAUGGACGGACACUGGCAGACUACAAUAUUCAGAAGGAGUCUACCCUUCACCUUGUCCUUCGCCUGAGGGGAGGUAUGCAGAUCUUUGUAAAGACUUUGACUGGAAAGACUAUUACCCUGGAGGUUGAAAGUUCAGACACCAUCGAUAAUGUGAAGACAAAAAUUCAGGACAAGGAGGGGAUCCCACCAGACCAGCAGAGGUUGAUUUUUGCUGGGAAGCAAUUGGAGGAUGGAAGGACUCUUGCUGACUACAACAUUCAGAAAGAAUCAACACUCCACCUUGUCUUGCGACUCCGUGGUGGUAUGCAGAUUUUUGUGAAGACUCUUACAGGGAAGACAAUUACUUUGGAGGUAGAGAGCUCAGACACAAUUGACAAUGUAAAGGCGAAGAUACAGGACAAGGAGGGUAUUCCUCCAGACCAGCAAAGGUUGAUUUUUGCAGGAAAGCAGCUUGAAGAUGGACGUACACUGGCAGACUACAAUAUUCAGAAGGAGUCCACCCUUCACCUUGUCCUUCGUCUGAGGGGAGGUAUGCAGAUAUUUGUCAAGACUUUGACUGGAAAGACUAUUACCUUGGAGGUUGAAAGUUCAGACACGAUUGAUAAUGUCAAAGCCAAAAUCCAAGACAAGGAGGGAAUCCCACCAGACCAGCAGAGGUUGAUCUUUGCUGGGAAGCAAUUAGAGGAUGGAAGGACUCUUGCUGAUUACAACAUUCAGAAAGAGUCUACUCUUCACCUUGUUUUGCGUCUUCGCGGUGGGUUUUAAAAGUUUGAGGAUGUUAUGUAGGUUUCUUGUUUAAGUGUAAGCAUGUGAAUGUCCAGCAGAUUUGCUAUUUUAUGUUCCUGAAUUUGUUGUUAAUUUGUCUCGGGGGCAUUGUGUGUUCCCUUGGAAAACUAUGUAGGUUCUGGUGUUUUUUGUUUUACAUUUAUGUUCUCACAUGUGCUCGGUUCAUGAAUAAGGACAAUUUGCUACCAUUUAAUGAAAUUUAGUACUUCGCUGUGAUAUGA